AUGUUCGUCGUGGCCUUCCCCUUCACGCCUCUGCUAUCGAAUAUCAGCAAGUGUCUGUUCGACAUGCCCGACGACGACGUCAGUUGUCCGAUCGGCGACGACUGCGACGACCCGGAGAACAUGCUCAUGAUUGAUGACGAAGACGCUUCUCAAUCCCCUCACGGCGGUUUUGGCUCCGACGUCGACAAGGAGGCAGGUGGAGGCGACGAAGACGCUCGUCGCCACGCGGACGAUAGAGAGGAGAAAACCGCGGAGCCCAACGCCUCGGGCCAGUUCCAGGCGGACGACGGUGCAUGGGACGGCUUUGAGACCGCAUACAACGUGCACCUGCAGCCCUCACCGGCCGCGCAGAGCGUCUCGUGGCUGAUCUGCGUAGCACGAACGCGAGGGUGCAUUUAG